AUGCGGCCCGGUGCCCGCCUAAUCUUUGUACUGUUGGGAGCUUCGGUCAUUGCGGACCUUCCGGUGCACGUAGACUACGGCGACAUUCUUGGCGAUUGGCGGUUUAAGAUCUUUUAUGACGAUGUAGAGGGUCAGCAGGCGUCUAAUCUGCUUUACACUUGCGGUUCCACCCUGCCUAACAAGGUGGACUUGAACCUGGAACUGACCACCCUCAAUUUAAGAGACUGGGAGAACUUGUUCGAGUCUUUCGACCGGAACGUCACUGCGAUUGUUUCGCUUACGUCGGAGCGUCAGCCCUUCGCGGAGAGUCAGAGACGAUUUUGGCAAGGUCUACAGGCCACGAAACGUGUAUCGUCGAACCAGACUGAGAGGGGAUUCUGGACCAUGGUUGCCGACGAAGGAUUUGAAGUCAAAUUCGAUUCAACCGGAGAGAGCUUUCUCGGUCUAAUUUCCUACGUACCGACCUCCUGCAGGGGACGCAAGAGGUACGGGCCCGGACAUAGUUGCUUUGUUACUGACGCCACAAGGACAUUCAUCGGCUGGUACCGCAUGUCUGCCCCGCGUGACGCUCAGAAGAAGUCUCAUCGACGUGGAUGUUUCAUCGGCACCCGUUCUGCAUCAGAUUUUGGACCAUCCGGCUCUGAACCAGGGAGUGAGAGCAAAGAAUACGCAACAGAGGCCUCCUUUCUACUGUUAUCGGAGACCACGGGUUUGGUACAGCAUUCUGACAACCAAAUGGAAAGCAAACCACCGCGCUCAUGUCGCAGCAAGGUCGCGACCGUCCCUGAUUUGCCUGAGAGCUUUUCUGUCGGAGAUCCAUUCCUACGACCCGAUUUGAUGACUGAGGCGGAUUACGAAGUGCCGGACCAAGGGAAGUGCGGCAAUUGCUACGCAAUUGCAUCGGCGUACGCUCUAUUCAAGCGCAAGCAAUUCAGUAUUGGGACACUAACCGGCACGCCUGAUGAGGCCAUCGCCAGCACUGCCCGUGUGAGUGAUGCCCUUACCGGAACCAGCGACUCAUCGCCCCCCCCCGCCAACUUGGUCCCGUUCAUAACGGAACAGGUAACCGCGUGCUCCAUGUUCAACCAGGAGUGCGACGGAGGCUAUCCUUACCUCGCCCACAAGUGGCUGGCGGAAGUGGGUUUCCGGUCACCCCAAUACGGUGCGUCUCAGUACCAGCCCCAGUCCCCGCUCGAUUCCCAAUCAAAGUCGUUCCAGCUGAAACCCGAAGAGAAACAGUCCGGGCCGAAAAAGUGUGCAAUCGCGCAUCGCCAGGUGCAAACAUUACCCAACGGAUUGCCGUUGGUCUACGAGUUAUCGACUGACUACGGGUCCAUGCCUGUUAGUUACGGGCCCGUGAUGGUGACAGGUCACGGCUACGUUGGUGGUUGUUUCGGAUGUGCGUCCGAAAGCGAGAUUCGACGCGAAUUAUUUGAGCACGGGCCGGUCGUGGCAGCCAUCGACACGCCGUUUGAGUUGACGAGGUACGCCGGCGUAGGGGUCUUCGGGGCCCCUACGAGCGCGGAAGAGUGUGUCCCCCGGACACUCGCGACCUGGUGGGAGCGCACCAGUCACGCGGUCGUGCUGGUUGGGUUCGGCGUAGAUGAUGACGAAAACGUUCCCUACUGGGUCGCACGCAAUAGCUGGGGUGCUACAUGGGGCAAACAGGGCUACUUCAAGAUCAUCCGCGGCCACGACUUCCUCGGAGUCGAACAUCAAGUCUCUUACGCUGACCCAUCCUAA